CCUGGAGAAAAUAAUAAUGCUUUGGCCCCCUUGGAAAAGAGGAGUGAGAGCCCCACAGCAGAACUGCAGAACUGGGACCCCAUGGUGGAGGAUCAUUUAUCCAAUAGAAACACGUAUGCCAUAGAUCCAGAUGACCCUGGGGUAGCCACCACUGGACACGCUUCAUAUGAAGAAAAGAUGCCAUGCAAAUUCUUCAUGACCCCAGAAGGCUGUUGGAGAGGACAAGAGUGCCCCUUUCCACAUGUGGCUCCUGGGUCAGUUGUGACAGAAGAGCACAGGGAAGUGUUCAGUGUAGAGGAUGUAGAAAACACUGUCUGUCCCGCAGAAAACAGUUGGGUUGCCGUGGAGAUCACAUCACUGUACAACCCCAGUCAUUUUUACGUCACCUUUCCAUUUGGGACCAGACCACUUCAGCAUUUUAUCUCAAAUGAGCUUAGUGAUGAUGGGUAUGAAGGCAGCAUUGGUUCAGAAGCACUGGAGUUACUGAUGGAGGAAAUCAAUGAAGACUACUCCAGCUCUGUGUACAGAGACACUGACCUAGUGGGUCAUGCCUGUGGUGAGAUCGUGGUCGCUCAGUUUAGUGAUGAUGACCUUUGGUACCGUGCAAAGGUCAUUGACACAGACAUGGAGAAUGAAAAAGUAGAGGUUUUCUACAUGGACUUUGGCAACACAGAGUGGGUAUCAGAGAGCAGGCUGCGGACAAUAAAGAAGCACUAUCUGGAGCUGCCAUUCCAGGCUGUGGAGUGUUUCCUGGCCGGAGUAGAGGCCACCAGCGAGGACGGGACUUGGACCAGAGAGGGAAAAGAGCAUUUUAGUCAGACGACAGAUGGAAAAGUGUUGUUUGCAAAAGUAGUCAAAAGGUUCAGCAACUGCGCCAUUCAGGUCCAAUUGUACGACAGCUCUGGAGAGACGGAUGUGAAUAUAGCCGAUGCCCUGGUGGAGUCAGGGUACGCUAAGAGAACAACAGAUACUGUUUCUCCCUCUUCUCCCAAAGGUAACCAAGGCCUCAAGGAGAAGAUAGUGUCGUGGGUGCCAGGAUGAAUUGGGUUUGGUUCAACUUUUUAAGCUUUUUUAGUCCACUUUUUUUUAAAGAAAAUUAGCUUACAGUCAAGUAAAAGUUGUUAGAUUCCAAAGUUCCUUAGGAUUAAAAUGUUAUAUUGGUCUAUAAGUGCAAGUAAUUUAGUUUUCUUUAUAGGUGCAAAUAAUGUUUUUUUUUUCUUUAUUACACUUUAGUCCAAAUAUACACUUAUGUUUAAAGACAUUGAGUGAACAUUAAUGUUUGAAACAUUUUUUGUAGAAAAUUAUCUUAGAUGCUAAAGGAAAAAUUGUCAAUUUAAAAAUGUAGAAAGCAAUUUUGAGUAGUACUUAGUAAACUGUUAGUUCAUUUGCAUUAUAGGAACUUACCUCUGGGUAAAUCAACCCAACUUCUGUGCCAAAAAAAAA